AUGGAAGGUGACGGUCGGCAGAAGCUGCCCGGGAGCCCCGUUCUCAAUGUCGUUGUCGAUAGCGAGGCCGAUGGCGCCCGCCUCACCCCAGGCAGCCCGGGUGCUGCCAGCGGAAGCGGCGUGCUGAAAUACGCCGUUCCCGACUCGCGGAAGAUAGGGGUCAUGGGCGCUGUCUUUCUGAUACUGAAUAAGAUGAUCGGGACUGGCAGUAGAUGGCUGACGCCCAACCUUGCAGUCUUUUCGACCCCUUCGAGCAUUUUUGCCGCCACCGGGUCUGUUGGCAUCUGCCUGUUGCUCUGGGCGGCUGCUGGGAUCCUUACCCUCAGCGGUCUGAGCGUGUAUCUGUCGUUUGGGCUCGCCAUACCACGGUCCGGCGGCGAGAAGAACUACCUCGAGCGCGUGUUCCGACAGCCCCGCUACCUGGCCACCAGCGUGUUUGCUGUCCAGAUGAUCCUCUUGGGCUUCUCGGCCGGCAACUCGCUGGCAUUUGGCCGGUACGUUCUGCUCGCCGCCGGCAGGGAAUCGCCCGACGGGUGGGCCGCCCGGGGAAUUGCGAUUGCGUGUGUGACGUUUGUUGCCGUGCUGCACUCGACUCUUCCGCAGUGGGGUCUCAGGCUUACCAACGCCCUCGGCAUUUUCAAAGUCGGCGUCCUCCUCGUCAUCGUCUUCGCUGGCUUCGCAGCCCUCGCGGGCCAUCGGCUUGUGCCUGACCCGCGUAACUUCGAUAACCCGUGGGCGAUCGAGAAGGGAGACGGCUACGGCGGUGGCGGCGCCUACGCGUACGCCACGGCCAUGCUCCAGGUUGUUUACAGCUACAAGGGGUGGGAGAAUGCAAACUACGUGCUCGGGGAGCUCAAGAACCCGCGCCGGACACUGGCCAUCGCUGCGCCGAUCGCGGUGGUGGGUGUUACCAUCCUGUACGUGCUCGCAAACGUGGCGUACUUCGCCGCUAUUCCCAAGGGAGAUCUCGCCAAGUCUGAAGUCAUCGUCGCCGGCUUGUUUUUCAAGAAUGUAUUCGGCGAGAGCGCUGCGGCUAGGAGUCUGCCGGCUUUUGUCGCCCUCAGCAACAUUGGCAACGUCCUGGCUGUCAGCUUUGCCCACGCCAGAGUCAACCAAGAACUAGCCAAGGAAGGCAUCCUGCCAUACAGCCAGUUCUGGGCUUCAAACAGGCCUUUCAACACGCCGUCGGCGUCGAUGCUGCUUCAUUGGAUUGUCACGGUGAUAGUCCUCGUGGCACCCCCUCCAGGGGCCGCCUACAACUUCAUUGUCAACUUGUACACGUAUCCCGGUGCGUGGAUCAACGCGUUCGUCGGCGGCGGCCUGAUCUACCUGCAGCUGAAGAGGUCGGAGAACUGGACCUCGCCGUGGCACACGCCGAUUGUCGUGUCAGUGAUCUACGUCUUGCUCAACGCAUUCCUAGCCAUCACGCCCUUCAUCCCGCCAAACAGCGCCUGGAAUGCGGACGGCUACCCGUACUACGCUUUCCCUCUGGUCGGGUUGGGCGUUUUACUGUUUGGCGGCGUGUACUGGGCCCUAUGGACCAAGCUGUGGCCAAGGCUGGGGGGUUACGUUGUGACGGUAGAGAGGGAGGUCGACGAGAGCGGCGCCGAGGUGGUGAGAUAUAAGAAAGUCCCGGUACAGCAGGCGGUUGCGAGCAGGGAGUCGUGA